AUGGCUCCGGAGCUGGGGGCGGCACGGGCGGCGGCGGCGGCGCAGGCCGGGCGAGCGCGAGCAGGCGGCGGGGGCGGGCGCGAGCAGGCGGCGGAGGCGGCCGGCGAGCGGACCCCGGCGGCGGCUUCUGCGGGCGGAGACGGGGGGCACUGGGAGCAAAGGCAGCGCGGACGCUCGUGCCGCUCGCGGUCAACCAGCCGGUCCCUCCGUCCCGCAGAGCUUCCUUUCGCGGCCCCGGACACAGCCUUGCGGCCACGGCCGGCCCCGUCAUGCACGGCAGCCUCGCUCCGGCUCGGCCGUCAGUCGCACACGCACAGACGGCUGCCUAGCCCACCGUCCCGCACAGGCCCAGCCGUGGCAGUUUCCUCAAGCCCGCUCCCGGAGCGCCGCCUGCGCAGCGACCGGGCGGAGAGCCACUCCCUAGACUCACCCGUGCCAUCCGCGUCACAGGACACCGCCCAAGCUAAAGACAACUUUGGUCACAGUGGAGUCUGUCUGACAGAUGUUGAGCCAGGCAGAGCAGGACAACAUACUGCAUUUCAGAGUGGCCAGGUCUGUGGCUUCCAUUCUCCCAGGAUGUCCUUCACAACCAUUCUUGACCAGCAUCUAGUUGCCCUGCUCUUGCUCUUGGAAAAAGGAGGUUCUUUGCUGGGAAAGGUCCUGCUAAAGGGCAUUGGAAGAGCCUUUCUGUUGCUGUUGCUCACAUUCAGUGGUGUAGCCACCUCAGCACCACAGAACUCAAAGAUACCUGGCUGCAGUCUCUUGUUCCAAAGCAAUGAUUGCUACAUAACUUCCGUUAUGGGGUGAAGGCUGCCUCCCUCACUUGCCAAAGAGAUGCAGGCUGCCAAGGAGGACCCUUGAGGAUUCUUCUAUAGGGAGCCCAGCCCCAGGGAGUUCAGAGACCUUCAAGGUGAUGGUUCUUUUUCCAGAAUAUCCUUGCACAUGCUAGCAAGCUAGAAGGCUUAGGGCUACCAGCUCAGUGACCAAUUCUGACCCCUUUGGCCUUCCUGCCCCCUGCUCCAUUUGACCAGGAGACUCGACCUGAACUCCAGACUUACUUGUAACCUAAGAUGGAAAAAAAGAACAAUUUUUGUAGAGAUGCUGGCCAGCUCGGAUACCAGAGCACUGGGAAGUGCUCACAGAACUCCCUUCAGUCAACUCAAGAAAUUUGCUCCAUCUGAGAGAGCUUCUGGGGUCCAGUGUUCUAACUGGUACUGACCCUUAAUUCCUGCCAUCUUGACUGUAAUCUCAGCCACAUAAGCAAACCCAAAGUUCCCCACUGCUUUUGGCCAGCACACAUGGGAAGUGUUCCACAAUCUGCCUCUCAAAUACACUUGCUCCAAGAACCUACUUUAGGCUCCAAAUCUAGUUCUUGUACCCCACCUGUUCUUGCAGAUGUUCUUAUACCCACCCUCAUUUCCCAGGCCUGCCUUGGUCUAAGGAUGUGGCCCUCUGGCUCUCUCCCCUUGGACCCACACCCACGGCAGCAGGACCAAGGCAGCCCCUUCCAGGCCUGGCCCAGCCCCAGUUCCUGGGGAGGGAGGCACUGUGCUGACCAGAGCAGACAGGCCAUAUCCCACACCAAGUCCCAGGCCCAGAGCCCAACUUCUGGCCGAGCCCUGCGUAACAAAGAGGCAGACACCAAGUUUCCGUUAAGUUGUAGGAAUUUAUUUUAAAUAACCUACAGUUGAUUAAAAGGGAAUUCAUGAUAAAAAUAGAAGAUACUUGAGGGAAGAUGUGGGAAAUGGACUCUGCACACACGCUAUACUAACAAUGCCUCUAAAACUAAUGAUUAUAGCAAAAAAUGUUUUCACAUUAAAAUUCUGCUUUUUAUGUGUUUUCCCCCCAUUUUUUACACAAUUACAAAAGAAAAAAAAUAAAAGCCCUAAAAUCUUGAUUUUUUUUUCCUUUUUUUUUUUGGACCAAAUACUCAUUUUCCUCUAAAUUUAUUGACCUGUGGAACUUUUUAUACAAUAAAAUCUUUCAAGUGAAAGACUUGGGUUUAAAAUGAAAAAAGAUGGGUAUCUGAAAGGGUACAGAGAAUGCUCAGAACAAAGGAUGAUGGGAAAAUGGUUUCAGUCACUGAUUAUUUCA